AUGAAAUUUAAGGACAAGGAAUUAGGAGCGAACGGUAGAUUUGGAGAUGGUGCUGCGGAGGAACUAGCUUUAGAAGCACAUGGAGACUACCCCAGAAGAUUUGGUGAUCUCAAGUUCUCCAAUUUCAAUAAUUACUCAAAGUCAGUACCACAUCUGUUGAACAGAGUUUGGUACCAGCCAGAUGCAGUUUUCCCACUCAACAGCAUCCCAGAAGUGAGGCAGCAUGCUUUCUGGGUUCCAGUGGACAACACAUACUAUCACAUUGCUGCAAAACUCAAGAUUGUGAAGUUGGAAGGGUGUGUGAACACAACUUGCUUACCUAGAAGCCCUGCAGUGGUGAGGGUGAAGAGAGGAAUUAGCAGCAAUGUGUUUGUUGAUAACAAAGCUUACAGAGAAUUCUUGAGCUCCAAAUUUGAUGCCACACCAAUUGACAUGGAAAGUGCAGCCGUUGCUCUGAUUUGCCUUCAGUACAAAACUCCUUUCAUUGCCAUUAGAGCUUUGUCUGAUUUAGCAGGUGGUGGUUCUUCACUCUCCAAUGAAUCUUCUCUCUUUGCAUCCUUAGCUUCUCAGAAUGCUGUCAUUGUACUCAUCAAAUUCAUCUCCUUGUUGGUCUCAUAG